AUGGGCCCCGUGCGUUGGAAGUCGGGGACGGACGCGGGAUCUGCAGAUCAUCCCAAGAGGUUAGAGCACAAUCCCCAGAUGCGUCUUCAACUAGCGCUCCUGAUAACUAUACUCUGCGCUGGCGCAAUUGCAGCGCCUGUCAACGAAUAUAAUUGCUCCAACAUUAUAACGGGCGGCGGAAACGUUCAGCAGUAUAUAUACGAUUUAUCUCCUUUGAAACCGGACUUCAAUAUAACCACUAGAAAGAAACCUGAAGCUGGUGACGUUGUGACGUGGGAGACGACCAUUGCAGGGAGUCUGUGUGGACCAAUAACAACCAAGUUUGGGGCCGAUGUUCAAAGCAAAUGUAGCGACAAUGCGUGGUUCUGCUGGAUGGAACUGCUCUUGAGGGAGGGUGAACCUCCUAUAACUUUAAGGGCAAUACAAUUUGCGGGAGGUUCUAACUUUCGACCCGAGCCUCAUGCCCGCGGGCAGGCGUUGGACCUCUUGUUCAAAGCCUCAGAAACCAAAGGCUCAAAAACCGUAAACGUUUCCUUCAUUUGCAACGAUAACACUUCGCCAGGAAAGCCCGAGAAGAUAGAGGAAACCGACAAGCUCAUCACAAUAAAGUGGGAGUCAAAGGCUGGAUGUCCAAGUACGCCCAAGAAUAGCCCAAAUGGAAAGGGAGGGAUGUCCACGUUUGGAAUAUUCUGCCUGAUUCUAUUUAUCGGCGCAAUUGGAUACUUUGUGAUAGGUUCUGCUUACAAUUACACUGUGUUACGGAUUCAUCGUUUCCCAGAAAUGUUACCGCAUUGGGACUUUUGGAGUACACUCCUUGCAGUAUGCUGGGACUUUGUGGCGUCCCUCUACGAGAGAGUAUCUGGCCGUAGCUACGUACGUCUUUAGACUAGCUGAUUUUAUAGUACAUAAAAAGGAAAAACACACUGUCAUACGGGCUUCACUUGAGCCCGCCUUCGC